AUUUCAGAGCCAGUUUCUUAUUUGUAUGUAUGCAAGCUACGUAGCUACAAAACGUUAUUCUCCAUUCUGUUAACUUUCUAGCUAGCAACUUUGGUUUGGUGGCUAAUGUUAGCUAGCAUUUUGGAGCUAAUUCAUAAACCACAGGCUCCGUUAAUGACGUGAGGCGCACGAGAAUUUGCCAGAAAAGUAAUUAACAAACCAUUGUCCAAUUAGCUGACCCAAGACAUCUGUAUGACUCCAGGCCAGCAGGCGAGAAGCGCUGAGAAUGGAUUGGUUUCACUGUAACCGGUGUUUCGGGAGGAAGGGGCAGAAGUUUGCUGUUUCCAGCUGUGGCCAUAUCCUCUGUGAGGGAUGCAUCAACCCUAAGCAGUGCAACAUAUGUGGAGCCACCUGCAAUUAUCUACCCAUCACUGAUCAGAUGAAGCCUCCCGAAAAGGCGUUCUUCAUGGACCCCAUGAAGCUCAUCCAGUCACGGAUGGAGCACAUCGCACAAAUUGCACUUUUUCAACAGACUCAGAGGGAGAGAGUCACUGCCUACUUCAAACAUCAAUCUGUGGAGCUGGAAAGGCAACUUUCUGAGCUGAAAAGAGAGAAUGCCGAAUUAAAAAAGCCCCUUUCUCAAAGGAGAACUUCCCCAGGACAGUUGCUAAUAAACGGUACUCAGAGGAUGUCACUCCCUGUGGCUGUCACCUCUCCAGUCACCCCUUGCUCACGAAAUAGAAGUCACCCAGGUUCAGCCGAGUCCCAAGGCAGGUCAAGAGACAGGCGUCCCAGACUCACCCUCACGCAGACCCCACCUGGAUCAGCUACCUCUAUUUCUAGCUUGAGCUCUCUUCAGGAACGUGGAUUUCGAACUCAGAUGUCUUUGAGUACUCCAACCAGGACACAGCAUCAUUCUCCUAACAUCUUCCAGGUCCAGCUCUUCAGUGGAUCAUUAUAUUCACCCAGGCAGUUAAGAAAUGGCCGCUAAUAUUUGGGCCGUUUUUCUCAUUUUAGGAAUCACUUGACAGAGAGGUGAACACAUUAUAUUUUGCCCACGAGCAUUUGACAAAAUAUUUGCCCUGUCCUGAACAGUUGUUGAGUGCAGGUGAUCUUUAUCUCCUCUAGUUAUACAGACAUGAAUGUGAUUAUUCUUACGAGUUUUCCUGCAUUCACUGAAAAGUUGAACUGCUGGCUAUAUGAUCCUAGUUUGACCAAAGCCUAUGAAUGAAUGGGUUUUUUGGUCACUUCUUGUUUUGUGCAAAUAAAUUUGCAGAAGCAUUUUGACAUUUAAA